UUCGUCCUGUCAUCGAGACUUUUUUCGGGAGUUUCUUGGUGCAUUGUGUAGUUGGCUGUUAGUGCCGGUCUUGCUUCUUUUUUUUCUUUUCUUUCUUUCUUCUUUUUUAAAUUAACCAUUAGACGUUAAAGCACAACUUACUGAAAUGGCACGAGAACGAAGCCGAAGUAGAGAAAGAGAACGUGAGAGACGACGUAGAUCACGCUCACGUUCUACUGGCCGGACACGAACUGUCGACAAAGAUCGUUCACGUCGCCGUAGCCAAGAACGUCGUCGAUCACGAAGUCCUUUAGAUCGUAGACGAAGUCGAAGUCGGGAACGAUUGGAUGAAAGACGACGACAUGACAAUGAGGAGAGACCACGAAGGGAUCGAGAAAAAGAAAAGCAAGCGAAGGAUGUUGGUGUUGAUUCUUUGAAAGGACUCGAUAAAGAUAUGCUUAAGUUGAUGGGCUUUGCAGGUUUUGAUACGACUAAGAAUAAAAAGGUACCGGGUAAUGUUGAUGGUGUAGUGUCAAUUAAUAAACCGCGACGGUAUCGGCAGUAUAUGAACAGGAAAGGUGGCUUCAAUCGACCAUUAGAUUAUGUUGCAUAAGAUUUGUUCAUGCUGAUCUCUCGCAUCUCCCAGGAAUAGGCUAUUGUUUGAUUUAGUUUUGGUUUUUUUUUCUUUUUUUACGUGCGGUAAGCGACGAGUUCAUAAAAUGAAUGUGAUGUUUUGGUUUGAUCAAAAAGCUAUUUUAAUAAGGCUAUGGAUAACUUUGGAUUGAUCCGACUUGUUCUUGUUUGCAUAGAUUGUACACGGACACUUUUUUUUGUGGCUAAUAUUAUUUUGCCUAAUUCAGCUUUUUCAAAGAAAAUAAACAAGCAUUUUUAAAACAUUAAUUUUAAAAAUCAUCCUUGUCAAAUGUCCCUCUAGACUGGCUCUAAUUUGUAUAGUAUUCCUUCGCUGGACAUUAAAUAUUUUUUAUGUGAUCAUAGAAUAAAGAAUAAAAUUUUU